AAUAAUGUGUUGUAAAUUGAAUAUAAGCCUACUAUGAAGUUAAGCUGUUAUAUUGAAAGGUAUUACUAGGGUAUCUGUAAACAAACUAGCUGAAUCAAGAACCUUUUUUGUAAGUUACGGUAGUAACUUACACGUAAUAUGUUAAUUUAUUUGCAAGGAUUAGGACAUAAUUUGAAAGCAAAAAUAAUCUUUUGCUCUCGGCAAUACUGUAAAGUUCCAAAGCACCCACACUACCCAUGUUUUAGCAAGAGAGUUACAAAAGAACCUGUCGAAAUUGAACUAUCAUCAAUUCGUUACUUAGAAAGACUGUCACUAGUUAAUUUUGGAAAUAAAGAAGGAAUUCGAAUACUAGCAUCUUCAAUCAAUUUUGCAGAAAACCUCCUGCAGAAAGAUACAACAGGAAUACAACCCUUGUCUACAGUCUUAGAAAACAGGACUAUUUCGCUUCGGGAGGACAUUAUAACUGAGGGAAACAACAGGCAUGGUGUGAUGAGCAAUGCUAAAGUGUCAGAAGAAGAAUAUUUUGUAGCACCACCAGGCAACAUUCCUCUAGAACCUCAUGAAUCACUUCAAAAAAAUUUAAAACAAUAAAUUAGUGACAUUUUCAUCAUCUGUCACCCCUGGCAAGGAAAGAUGAUCCCUAACAUCUCUCUGGCAUCUGAAGCCCUAGCCCACCAGUCACGGACUGGUGAGUCUCCAAGGACUACUCUGCAAGGGACUUAUCAGGCAAUCGUCUUCAGGGAACUUCCCGAGCUUUCCUGAGUUGGGUAUCCAUAUGCCAAUUCAGCUCAUCCGUCUCAAUGUUGGGACCUCAGUCGUCUUUGCCAGGCCACUUUUCAGGGUUACAUCAAAAAUCAAACUGUUGGGGACAUUAGAAGUGCCGAAUUUCAAGCCACAUUGAAGAUGCGUCCCACCAUCUUCGGCAUUUGACUGUUCCAUGCCUAGGACU